UUUCCUAAUAAAGUAAAAGCUUUUCACUGCUGACAUUGUUCAAUGCUGUCUGCAACUCCAGAAUAAACAAGGUCCCCUUAACUUUACAACGGCAGUCAAUUUGGCAGACGCCAAAAUGUGAAAAUGGUCCCAUUGGAUGUUGUGACCAGUUGUUUUAACGUGAUCAGCAAUAGCAGAAGAGUGAUCACGUUUCGAAAGGGCCUUGAAAUGUUCCGUUUUCCGGUAGUGAAGUCUUCGUUUCGUUUUCCCAAUGUAAAAAUCAUUGCAGUCCCAGCAACUAGCUUUAUAAAUGACUUCGGAUAAUUGUGAUCGGUUGAGACGAUCCUUGUAUGGGAAGAAGGAUUUGUUGCGCCGGGUGUUUUGAAAAAUAACUUUGACAUUAACAAAAAGAGUAGAAACGAUUGACACAAGAUUUUGGACGCUCAGUAAUAUGAUUGCUUUGCCAUUCUCGUUUUUGCUCAACGAGAAUGUCCAAAAACGGAAUCUUUUUGGCCUGUUCAAAUUCAAUGGUGAAAUUGAUGCUAUUGUGACGGCUGUUGAGGUAUUAUUUUACUGUUGAUAUCUACCUAUGAACAUAUAUUUUGUGAAAAAAGAAAACUUUUCGGUAGAAAAAGUCACUCUAGAUGUUUUUAAUAUCAAUUUUUCUACUAGCACUUUUUUAUGGACUUUAUUCCAAUUAGUGUGGGAGUUUUCCGCAUUAAAAGUUUUUGCUAUUCUCCACCUACAAGAGAGACACACCAAGGCAACUUACAUAUAGUGGAACCUGUGGUAGUUAAAUGGCAGCUUCCCGUAGGAUGCUGAUAAUUUACAAUAUCAGCUCAGCAGUCAGAUGAUGAUCUCGUGUUCUCUAUGGCAGCUACAUGCAGUCCACUACUAGAAACCUACACAGUUUUAGUGUCAUGAUAUAUAUGGAAAUAAUACUGAGGAUUAGUGCUAUGAUCAUUUUAUUGAGCUACAAGUUUGGUGUCGCCUCUGGAAAGUCUAUCAAAGACUACCAUGUUCUUGAUCACUGGCUUAUGAAUGGCUCUGAUCUUAAUGUGAGUUACUCUGAGUCGGUGUACCUUGAGGAAGGCAGGUGUCCUGAUAGCAAAGCUGUGAUGUUUGAUCCGAUGGAAGACCCUGCAGUGUCCUACGUCGAGAUUUGGCCAAGCUCAGACAUAAGCAAAAGGAAAUCUUACUCGAUUGCUUGUUGGAUAAAACUUAAAAGCUACCUGAGUAAUAACGAUUACAUACAAGUAAUAUAUUCAGACUGGAUGAGAGAAAAGUUUAUGUUGGCAAUCGAAUCUGGUAAGGUUUCCUUUGUCGUAUACCAGGAAUUGAACGAAAACUUGCAUUGGAGAAUGAAGACAGCACAUGAGCGGAUUAAUUUAAACAAGUGGACCCAUGUGACUGCAACUUGGGAUGGACGCACAAUAACCCUUUACGUUAAUGGUGAAGAGCGCGACGGCAGAAACUCUUUCGAUUUUAAAAGGCAGAAACCUGAUCCGUCUUCCGUUGAAAGUGCCACAGCUUUCAUAGCUGGAAACCCUUACUUCAACAACUACCAGUUCCUUGGUGCCAUAAUGGAUCUAUAUAUAUUUGGCAUUGCGCUGUCCCAGGAUAAUGUUAUUGAGGUUUACAGAGGUAUCCCAGUGGUUACAGAUCAAAUAAAUGAAGUAACGGGAAAAUUUGUCAUAGUCAAGUGGAAUCCUCUUUUUGAAGGGGCGUGUCCUCCAGAUCAGUAUAAUAUUUACUACAGAGACGACACCUUGGUGGACUGGGAAUCACGUCAUGUUUCAGGAAAGGUCUUUCAGUAUGAUCUUGAGCUGAAAUGUUUCAAUGAGUAUGAACUAGCUGUCACUGCUACAUGGGGAAGAAGCAGAGAAACACCGCUCAAGAACAGCAAAAGAUGGAAGGUGAAGACUGGAAAAGAUUUUCCAGUGAUUUUAAAUCACGCCACAGAAGUAAAGGGAAAGAAAGUAAGAGUCGUGUGGUCGUCACUUAUGGCAUGUCCCUUGGGAUGGUACAACGUCUACUACAGAGAGGUUUUGGCCGGGUUUGAUCCAAUAAAAUGGAGAUCUGUCAAAGUUUCUCCUAAAGAAACUCAUCACACUCUUGACCUACAAUGUCAAAAAGAGUAUGAAAUUGCAGUUAACGCAAGGAUUUCAAGUGGAGAGACACCACUCAACCACAGCAAUUGGUGGAAGGUUAAAACUGGACAAGACUUUCCACAAAUCUCAUCAGCAGUGCCAGACAAAAGCAAUAUUACGGUCAGCUGGAAAACUCCUUUUGACGGAGAGUGUCCUGUGACAAGGUACACAGUGUACUACCGAGUGGUGGAACGGAUGAUCACGAGUACUUGGAAAGAAGUCACGGCUUCAAGCUAUCAACUCCAGCUUACUCUUCAAGUCAAGUGCGGCAAGAUGUACCAAAUAGCGGUAACGGCGUGGAGUUCAUAUGGAGAAACAAGCAGAAACCAAAGUAAACUAGUCCAGGUUUGGGGAGAUGCACCAUCACCUGUAAGAAAAGUUUCAGUGAGAACUUUGGGUAAAUGCAAGGUGAAUCUUACAUGGAGUGCUCCAAGAGACAAUGGCUGUCCGCUUAACAAAUAUACAAUAUACUACAGAGAGAUUCUACUGACAGAGGAUGACACUCCGCAGUGGCAUGAAACCAGUAUAACUAACGUUGCCCAGACAUUCAGUGGUCUUUCUUGGAAGUGUGGCCGGCAAUACGAGGUCACAAUGACUGCUUCUAACGACGCGGGAGAGAGCAACAAGUCACAUCCAUUGCGUAUAAAUUUUACAGGUGGCAGCAGCAUGGGAAACAACAACAACAACAGUAAUAGUAAUAAUAAUAAUGGUAUUUUGGCUGGUAUAAAUACGUCGAUUGUAAUCUUAGCUCUCCUGAUUGUGACGAUACUCGUCCUAAGAUGGAAGAAGAAAAGAAAUGCGCUUGCGAGUACACGAUCAAAGUACGAAAUCGUUCCACUUCUGCCCCAGGAGAUUCCUCCACAGCGAGUCACGUUUAUGGAGGAGCUCGGCCGUGGAGCUUAUGGCAAAGUUCACAAAGCAGUUCUGACACAACCUUUUGGUGUUGAGGUGUUUUUUAAACCCAAGGAAGAGAGAGUUGAAAUGAAGGAAGGCAGGAUUGUUGCUGUUAAAACUUUAUUAGAAAGGUACACCGAGGAAAGGAAAAAUCAGCUUUUGAAAGAGAUCGAGUUCAUGAAACAAAUCGGAUCUCACAGGAAUGUUCUGAGUAUGUUCGGUUACUGGGUUAUGUCAGAACCCAUCAUGCUAAUCUUGGAAUAUGUUCCACACGGCGAUCUUCUUCAGUGGCUUCGAAACAAAAGGCAACUGUUCAAGCUCAAGAACCGCAAUGACUGGAAUGUUUUCGGAGAACUAACCUGUUGUGUAAGUGAUCAUGUCGACGAGUCAUCUAUUUUCUGCAAAGAAGAAAACGAAGAGGGUGAAGAUGACGACGAAACGUUAAAAGAGGGUGGGGAAGGAAGCACUAAAGAAGAAGCAGUCUUGAAUGAAGGAGAAUGUGAGAUAUCCAGCUUAGAGGAAACAGAACCACUAACGGCUGAAAGAAAUCUUGCACUCGGGAAAAACGAAAAAAUGAAACAAAAGGAGGAAAACGCCCAGUUAAACGUAAGUCGUGAAAAAAUAAAUGGAACUGACAUCGAGCUAGCUGGGGACAUUAGAUCUCAGGCAAACACUUCAGAGGGUGAAAGAGAAGCUCUAAUAGGGGAGCAGGAAGUGUCGAUCGGAGAAGGUACCGAUGACAAGCGUUGCAUUUCAAUAAGUAACCUUGAUAUCACACUACAAUCAAGAUCGACGCCAAGUCCGUUUGGGUCCAGUGUAAACGUGACUGAAGAGACAGCAGUUUUAAAGCCUGAGGAAGAUGCCGACGAAGGUCUGUCAGCUAAGGAUCUUCUUUGUUUCGCGUGGCAAGUUGCACAGGGAAUGGAUUAUUUGGCCAGCAAGGGAUUUGUGCAUCGUGAUCUGGCAGCUCGUAAUGUUCUUCUUGGUGAGGACAGAGCAGUGAAGAUCGCCGAUUUCGGUCUCCUAUGCCAUACCUAUGGUGAAAUAUACGAGACGAAGCACACAAAAAAGCUGCCAAUCAAAUGGACGGCACUUGAGGCAUUACAAAACAGCGUAUUCACUUUUAAAAGUGAUGUGUGGUCUUUUGGUGUUUUUCUGUGGGAAUUGGCAACCAUAGGUCACACUCCUUAUCCAGGAAUUGACAACAAAGAGUUGUUUGAUCUUCUUAAGAGAGGAUACCGUUUGGAAAAACCAGACUCUUGUUCUGAUGAACUGUAUUCUUUAAUGUCAGGCUGCUGGAAGGAAAACCCUGAAGAACGACCGACAUUUGAUCAACUAACAACAACAUUGGAAAACAUGAUGACAAGAGACUGUCCUUAUUUUGAUUUUAACAAAUUUAAAGAAACCAGUGCUUAAGGUGGAACCAAAACUCUCCUAAAACGGCACUGGGAAGAUGAAAAACUUUUGCAUGUACUGUGAAUUCUAAGAUGCUUCCGUUUUCCCAUGACGAUCAAGGCAGUCCUUAUCGUUAAUAAGGAACACCUGUGUUGUCCGAUAGUACGAAAAUUACUUAUCUUCGCUAGUAACGUUAUUCGUCUCUAAUUCAUUUUCCUUUGUGAACUUCUCACCAAGAUUUGUUUCUAAGAGUCGCAGUAAUCAGUAAAACAGCGUUAAGCAAAGAGAUUCAUCUUCUAGGCUAUGGACGAUUUUUGUGAACUGAGACAAUACCGAAGUUUUCUUUUCACAAAAUUGCAUGAAUUUGUAUUCGCAGUUUAACCCUAACUUUCAAGUCAAUGACGAGUGUUUCAGGCUUCUUAACUUUAGUUGUUUAAAUUAAAGACAAGUGGAAGGAUUAUUUGUACACUUCGCAGUUUUGUCGUAAAGACAAUAAAUUCCAAGUUUUUAACGUUCUCAGUAUUUAUGGUUUAGUUACUUGAGGCUCUUGUUUUGACUAUUGAAAUUACGUGCUCCAGGUAUUUUGGGGGAAAGACCGUUAUGAUGUUCGACUGAACUUUGUUAAAAACGGAAAAGGAUUGAACUGUUGGAAAACGAACGAAUACAAAGCUCAUUUACUUCGGCGCAGUUUUGAAUCUUGUGCGGUCAGACGGCCCCUUCCAUGGUCAUAAGAUGUCAAUGUGAUCAGGGUAUAUUGUAAUCGUGUGGUAAAUUUUAACACAAAUUCAUACAUUCAUUCAUACAAAUUCAUUCAUUCAUACACCCAGAGCAAAACAUUGCACCCAUUUAGAGGGCUUUUUUUUUACAUUGAAGAACGUUAUCCUAUAGUAGAUAGGCCACCGUACCUCCCUGCCCCCCUUCCGAGCUUUCAUUUACCAAACGUUAAUACGAAAGAGGCUGUUUCAGCUAUCGUAGCCUCAUGAUCCAGUGGACAUCGCAAGUUCUAGGAACGAGAUUAAAAGACCCUCUGAGGUUUGCGCAGGGUCUUGCGGCUCUGGAGCGGACACACGAUUUGACAGGAACCCAUCCAUCACUAGUGAUGGGCUCCUGAAACAGAAGUAAAAUUCUAACCGGAAGUUGCAUACAUAUGGUGCUUACAUGUACGUGCUUUGAUCGAACGGUUUUCCUGAGAUAUCAACCAAUGCUGUUGUCGAAAAGGAACCAACGUUGCAUAAGUAGAGGUUGAAGAAUUUUGAG